UUUUAUGCGAAACUGAGAACGACCGUCGUAUGUAUUAUAAUGUACGUAUAAUUCGUGUGUAAACUUUCAACUUUGCCAGUCUCUUAAAAUGGUAUUUGUUUGUGCCGUUAGAACGUGUGUGAACAGCAAAAUAAAAAGUAAAACUAAGGAUUGUAAACUACAUAAGUUUCCCAAUGACAUAACACUUGUUCACGAAUGGUUAAAAAAUUGAGAUAUACUUGAUCUUUGUUACAAGCCAUUGGAAUACUUUCUCGCCAAUGUAUGUGUGUGUAGUAAGUGUUUUUCAAGUAAAAUGUUUAGUAAUACUGAACACACUCGACUGUUACCUAAAGCAGUACCUACUGAAUUUAGUGAGUAAAUAUAAUUUACAUAUUUUUGACUGGCAUACAAUAUUUAGCCAUAGCCCACAAUAUAUAAUUAUCGAUUGUGAUUUAGAACAUUGUUUAUUGAAUAUUCAUACAAUUGUUACUAAAUGGAAAUACACACAAUAUUAAUUUAUUGUAUAAACUUUUCAUCAACAUUUAAUAUUAUUGUCUAACACACAAUAAUUAUUUUAUUGAAUUUAAAAUACAUUAACUAGAUAUACUUUUAGCUAUAUUAUUUAUGUUAUGAUGAUAUUUGGUUAGAAUCGACUAAGACUAAUUCUAAUGACCCAGUACAUUCAACAAAUUUGGAUGAAACUGUUUGUGAAGAUUUUCUAGAAAAGCCAACCAAUUCAAGCAUAUCGUUCAAAUUCAACCAGUCAGUUAUAGCAAAUACUAUUAUCGUAUCAUCGGAUACAAGUUCAACUUCUGAAUUGAGUAUGGUUUCAAGUUCUGUAUCUACUCAAACUACACAGGUACUGUCUGUUAACACUCCAAGAAAACGCAGUUUAAAAGCUAAAGUUAAUGAACUAGAAAAAAAAUGUAAUCAAUUGGAAGAACAAUUUAACUUACCGUUACUUCUGUAGAUCAUUUUAAUGAAGUUUGUGAUUUGCAUUUGCCUCCCAACCUUUCAAUGAUUGUAAAAAAUUAUGUCAGAAUGUCACAGAGAAAACCUCAAGGUUUUCGUUAUUCUAGCCAACUUAAGCAUAUGGCACUUACAGUUUAUUUUUUUGGAUCAAUUGUUUAUAGGUUUUUAAAAAAUAUUUUAAAACUUCCGAGUCCCAGAACACUACGCAGAGUUAUAAAAUAAGUGGAAAUAGUACCAGGAUUGAACGAUAUUUUGUUUAACUGUUUGGAAAUUAAAAUGAAAAACUUGAAAGAUGAUGAUAGUUCUUUGUGUGGAUGAAAUGGCUAUCAAAACUAAUUUAUUUUAUAACUUGUUCAAGGAUUAUAUUAUUGGUUUUAAUAAUUCUUACGACACAAAAAUCUAUGAAUGUGCAAAACAUGUUUUAUGUUUCAUGAUGAGGAGUUUAAACUAUAAAUGGAAGCAACCAGUUGCAUAUUUUUUUUAUAAAUAAUAGUUAUACAGAAAUUACUCUGCAAAAUACAAUAUUUACUGUUAUUUCUCGACUUCAAAGCAUUUCAUUCAAUAUUAGUGUUUACUAAUGAUCAAGGAUCAAAUUUUUAUAGUUUUGCCAACAAAAUGCAUGUUUCUAUUGAACGCCUAUAUUUUUUUGUAAAUGGUGAACAAAUUUACUAUGUAUUUGAUGCUCCACAUUUGUUUAAGUCCACAAGAAAUAACUUUUAUAAAUACAAAUUAGAAAUUUUGGAUAACACUACAGAUAAGAAGUUCCUCAAUGAUUUUUAUGAAGCUGACCAAGGUCUCAAUUAACUGAUGCUCAUAUUUACCCAGAGCCUUUUCAAAAAAUAAAGGUACGAUUUGCCUCAUAAGUGUUCAGUGCAACAAUAGCAGCAGGUAUGAGAACUUGCAUUAAAUGUAAUACUUUGCCAAUUGCUACAGAGACUACUGUUAACUUUAUUGAUAACAUGGAUGAACUAUUUGAUAUACUUAAUUCAAAACCAAAAGCUGAUGAUAAAGAGUUUAACCUUCCAUUCAAGAACAGUCCUACACAAAAAAAUCAUUUGAUCAUGAUGUUGAAUAUUUUUAAAAACAUGCGUGUGAUAGAAACUAAAACUGUAAAUGAAAUAACUACAAACGUCGAUGUUACUCAAAGAAUGAAAUUUAUAAAUGGAUGACAAAUUACAAUUAAGUCACUAUAACAAUUAUGGGAUAAUAUUCAAAAGCCUCAAUAUUUUUUAUAUACAUAAAACUUAUCCAAGAUUGUCUUGAAAAUUUAUUUGGAAAUUUCCGGAAUCAAAAAUUAUGUUAUUACUUAUUACAGCAUUUCCCAAAGUGUGUUCCUCAGAACCUUAGGGUUCCGUGGGACAAUGUCAAGGAUUCCAUCAGAUAAAAAUUAGUAGUUGAGUUGGAAUUAAAGACAUUGAGGGUUCCGUGAAACACAAAUUAUUUUUUAAAGGUGUCAUGAUCGUAAAAGUUUGGGAACUACUGACUUAUUAGAUAGUAACAGAAUUAAAUAAAGUGGAAAUAACUAUACACUUCGUUCAAAUAUACUAAAUUUUGAACAAUGUGACAAAUGGCUAAAUGAAUUUUCAUCGCUGACUUGUACAAAUUGGAUCGUAAGAAAUUCCAAUAAAAUUAGUGAACGUUUUGUAUGCAGAAAGGAUUAUGUAUGCCAUCACAGCAGUUUCAAAAAAGUUGAAAAAGACAAAAAUCUAAAAAAAUCUAAAAAUAUGAGUUGUCCUGCUAAAGUAAGUAUUAAAGUUAAAAAAACAACUACUGAUACUAUCAAGAAGGAUAAAUAUGUUAAGGAAGGAUUAGUGGCAGAAAUUCAUAUAUUUUUCCAACAUUCCCACACCAUAAAUACAGCAGAAGCGUUAGGCAAUCUCAGAAGUUCUGAAGACACAAGACAAUUAUUUGAAUGUUAUUUCAGUGAUGGAUAUGGUAUUACAGAAGCUAUUAUGUACCACGAAGGCAAAUUGGAACUUGAGGGUAAUGAAAUUGCAAUAGCUAACGCAUCAUUAAACCCUAAGUAUAGAACUGUCCAGCAUUGGCACGAUACAUGGAGACAAAACAAUUUAGGCCCAAGAAUUGGCAUAGGUGUUGUAGAGAAACUCAAAUCAAAAAUGUCUUCUUAUGAAAAUAAUGGGAUUAAAGUAAUCAUUAAUGAAGAUCCAUUUUCAGUUGUAAUUUUCACCCCUUUAAUGCAACGUGCACAUACUUUAGCCUAUUCUAAAGACAUUGUAUUUGUCGAUAGUACAGCAUCGUGUGAUGCCCAUAAUCAUUCAAUAACAUUUAUGCUUACACCUUGUGCUGUUGGAGCUGUUCCGUUGGCAGUUAUAAUUACAAAGGGUCAGUCAUUUAUUGAUUAUGAAAAUGGAUUUAAAUUGGCUCAAAAAUGUUUUGGUAUUAAUGGAUUUGGUGGUCAACAAUUUCCAAAAAUAUUCAUCACUGAUGAUAGUAAGGCAGAAAGGGAGGCAUUAAAAGUAGUAUGGCCUCAAUCUAAACAAUUGCUAUGUCGUUUUCAUGUUUCGCAAUCAAUAUGGAGAUGGUUGUGGAAUAGCGAAAAUAAUAUUGAUAAAAGUGAUCGUCCAAUUUUAUACAAUUAUUUCAGCAAAAUUUUGACAGCACCAACAGCUGAAAUGGCAAUGAGUGCUUAUUUGAUUGCAAUUGAUAUUAGCAAUGAGUAUGUUUUGAAAUAUCCUAAUUGGGUUAACUAUCUUAAUUCUUAUUGGAGCCGUAAAGAAAUAUGGUGUCUUUCUUUUAGAAAUUAUGAAACCCAUGGACAUCAAACUAAUAAUUUUAGUGAGGUAUGUGUUAGAAUUUAUAAGGAUAUAGUUUUGUCUCGAAAUAAGGCAUAUAAUGUAAUUUCCUUGAUUGAUUUCACAUGCACUGUGAUGGAGCAGUAUUAUAUCCGACGCAUACGAAAAUUUUGUAAUGGCCGAUGUAAUGUAGCACGCUUGUUUUUAAAUACAAUAAAACGAAAAAUUGGAUACUUAGCAGUUGAAAAUAUUAAAAGCUUAGACAAUAAUAUAUUUUAUGUACCUAGUGAAAAAACAGGUGAAAUGUAUGAAGUAAAUAUAUCUUUAGGAUGCUGUACUUGUGAGCAAGGACGUUUGGGCAGUUUCUGUAAACAUCAGGGAGCUGUUUAUUUUUUUUAUGGACAUAAGUUACCAAAUAUGCCACCAGUUACACCUGAAAGUAGACAUUCUAUGGCAAUUUUGGCUUUUGGAGAAAAUGCUCUACCAAUAUCAUUUUAUGCGGCUUUAGAAUACCAUCCUUGUAAUGAUCUAAAUGAAAAUGAAAAUACAUCAAAUUCUAAUGAAUACCAAAACAUACAGAAAAAUUCACCUUCAUUUAAUACUAAUGACAUUUCACACAAUAGGGAUUCAGAAGACAAAAUUAAUUCACCAACAAGUGCAACUAAAUUCAAAGAAAUUAUUGAUCUUAUGACAGAACAUCACAACAAGUUUGGAUCAUCCACUGAUGCACUGAACACCUAUUUAAAAAAAUUAACUAAUGUUAAAACAAGAACUUCUUGGGAAACAUUUUUAUCUACCAAAGGAAAACAGAUACCUCUUCGACAUGUAUCUAAAGCUAAAAUACAUGUUCAGCCAACAUCAAUAAGCCGCCGAAGGCUGGAAGUAACCAGAGGAAGCAAGAGACUAGCAGUAGGUCGGCCACCAUCAAAUGAAAAAGUUAAAAAAAAUAAACGUCAGAGAUGUUUACAAAUGAAUGUUAAAAUGAAUCAACCAAAUGCUAAAUCCCAUGGAACUAGCCAUUAAUAAUAAACCGGCAAUUGUGAUUAUCAUAGUAGGUGGCAAAAAUGACAAAUUCAAUGUGUUCAAUUAUGUAAUUUAUUGCAAUUUGCGAUUAUGUAUUAUUAACAUGAAAAAAAAACAUUUAAAAAAUACUUUUUAUUACUUUAUAGGUACAGAUGGUCAGUGUUUUUAUUUAUGUUUAAAUAUUAAGGUUAUAUUAUUUAAUGUAUAUAAUUUUAACAAUUCAUAAUAAUAUUGUGAACAAUGGAUUAAAGUAAAAGGUUACCUAUCAGUAUACUAAUUAUUGCUACAAGUCCGUUCUAAAUAGAUAAAUAUGUACCUAAUAAAUAGAUUUAUGGAAUAAAACAACUUUGAAAUAUUUACAACAACUUAAUUAUAAAUUGCAUGAAUUAUAUUUAAAUCAUAAUUCAUGUAUUAAAAAAAAAAAAUUAAAUUUAUAUGAUAUA